CCUUCAAGAAAAUAUUUCUAUAUUAGCAGUGUAUUAUAUAUAAUGGAGAUUCCAGUUGUAUUAUUAUUUCACACUUUUCUGUCUCCAAGCUGUCCACAGUCCUCUUCCCACUGAUGAGAGAGAGUUGCAAGAAUUUGCAAGAAGCACCAAGAAAGUGUACCCAAAGAAGCAUCUUCAGCUGCUCUCACCAGUCACCACUCCCAUCCAAGAGAUCCCAGCCUCUACUACAACAGCUUCCAACUUCCAAGAACCCAUUUUUUUCCUUUCCUCCUCCUCCUCCUGCUCUGGCUGGCUCUGGGCUGGCCGUGCCCUCCUGUCAGUCCUAGCUCCAGCUAGAAUCCCUCCUUGUUCAUCCACCACCACCAUCCACAUGAUUGCAUUUGUGCAGAUUCCUGGAGAAUUAAGCUGUCCUCUCAUGCCGAUCUGACACACCUUGUUGUUGUUGUUGCUGCUGGUUGCCGCACAACCGAAAGGGGGGAUUAUUUGGCCCUCUUUCUCUUUCCUUUCGCAGGAAGAUUUGGUGAUUCUUCUUCUGAGGGCUCCUCUAAGGAUUUGGGAGGAUGGGGAAGAAGGGGAAGUGGUUUGGAGCUGUCAAGAAGGUGUUCAGCCCUGAAUCCAAGGAGAAGAAGGAGGAGAGACUGAGGAGAAAAUUAGCAGCUAGUAACCCGAACCCGCCAGAUCUAACCCCUUCGGCUUCUCUGGAAGUCAAUGUUUCGGUGCCACCCCCUCCACCUCCUCCACCUGUUCAACAGAUUGAAGAGGUUAAGGUCCCUGAAGUUGAGCAGGAGCAAAGCAAACAUGUCACUGUGGAGGCUGUACCUGAGGCUGUCCCCGUACCCGCACAGACAUCGUCAUUGCCACCUGGUGUAUCAAGGGAAGAGCAAGCUACAAUCAAGAUCCAGACCGCCUUCCGAGGUUACCUGGCAAGGAGGGCAUUACGAGCUCUGCGGGGACUUGUCAGAUUGAAGUCACUGGUUGAGGGUAACUCGGUUAAGCGUCAAGCUGCAAGCACUCUGCGUUGCAUGCAGACUCUAGCACGGGUGCAGUCGCAGAUACGUUCAAGGAGGCUGAAAAUGUCAGAGGAGAACCAGGCCCUCCAGCGCCAGCUUCUGCUGAAACAGGAGCUGGAGAGUUUGAGGAUGGGGGAGCAGUGGGAUGACAGCACUCAGUCUAAGGAACAAAUUGAGGCGAGUCUUAUAAGCAGGCAAGAGGCUGCAGUAAGAAGGGAGAGGGCGCUCGCAUAUGCAUUUUCACAUCAGUGGAAGAGCACUUCAAGGUCAGUCAACCCAAUGUUUGUAGACCCUAACAACCCACAAUGGGGAUGGAGCUGGUUGGAACGCUGGAUGGCAGCAAAGCCUUGGGAGGGGCGUGCUGGGACCGACAAGGAGAGCAACCUUGACCGUGCAUCAGCGAAGAGUGCAAGCUUGAAUCUUGGAGAGGGUGAGAUCACAAAAGCCUUCAACCGUAGGGGAUCCAAGCCAGACAAGUCAUCACCAACAACUCCAAAGCUGACCCGUCCAGCCUCCCGUCAAUCCCCUUCAACUCCCUCCGCUAAAGUGUCACCGAUCUUUGCAAAGAAGAAAUCCGCGACACCGAAGAAUGGGCUCUCACAGGUUGAUGACGACGCGAAGAGUGUGUUCAGUGUCCAGUCUGAACGACCGAGGAGGCACAGUAUAGCCACGUCAACCGUGCGUGACGACGAGAGCCUCGCAAGCUCCCCAUCUGUGCCAAGCUACAUGGCUCCCACAAAAUCUGCAAGAGCUAAGUUGCGCCUCCAAGGAUCUGCAGUGACCGAUGGUGCAGAGACACCACCGGAGAAAGUAGCCUCUGUUGGUUCAGUGAAGAAGAAGCUGUCCUUCCAAGCUGGAAUGGCGCCGCCUUCUCCGAUGAGGCGGCAUUCGGGCCCUCCCAAGGUGGAGGUGGUGAAGGACAUUGCUGAGCCACCACAGCCAGAGGCCUUGGUGAUCAAUGGUGGAAGCAAGUGACUCAUAUGACAAGUACCAGGAGGGAGCAAUGGAUUCUGCAGAUAUAUUUCAUCCAAUGAACAAAGGUUUAAGAUUAUAUAUCAGCUGUAUGAGUUGCCGGCAUUGUUUUUCCAGUUAUAACCACAUUAUUUGCUCUAGCAGAUUCGCAAGUACCCUGCCAGUCGAUUCCAUUUGUUGUUUCUGUAAAACUAUAUCGAUUUGUCACUUGAAACCUUUGGUGUUUGUAUGUAAACAAGUCUCUUCUAUUUAUGUGAGCCACAUAUUUCUUUUUGUGAA